CAAUUGCUCCCGUGUCAUAAAAUCUUUUUUUUUUUUUUUUUUCUUGCUCACAAUUAAGGUUCUGAUUUGACAGGUCAGUGGUGUUGUUACACCAGUCCUUAUUAUGAUAGGUACUGGCCCUACAGCGUUGAAUUUAGAACGUGCCGAUCAACAAUAUCUUCUUUCAGCCGCCUUAAUUUGUUCUGCUUUAUUAUCACUCAUCCAAAUCACUCGUUUUAAAAUAUGGAGAACAGGUAAAAUUAAAGAAAAAAAAAAAAGAAUACACAAUAGGAAUACCUGGAAAAUACGGAACCAAAAUUACUUACCUAUGCUAUCGUUCAUCUUCUAUGUCGACUUUACUAUUCUUGUCGGUUAACUAGGGUAUUACAUUGGUACAGGUUUACUCAGCGUAGUUGGUCCUAAUUUCGCCAGUAUCCCAGCUGCUAGCGCUGUGAUCAGAAAUAUGUAUAACAACGGCUUUUGCCCCUCGAACAUAUUAGAAGACGGAACCACGCAAUAUUUACCUUGCCCUCAUGCAUGGGGCGCUAUCCUUGGCACGGCCAUGGUCUGUUCGUUCUUUGAAAUUUUCAUGAGUUUUCUACCUCCUAAAACGAUCCGUCGAGUAUUUCCUCCUAUUGUUUCUGGCACUACUAUCUUGCUCAUCGGUUGUUCAGUUGUUAGCACCGCUUUAAAAGACUGGGCAGGUGGAUCAGGUAGCUGUUCCAGUAGGCCAGAAACUGGUCUUUACUCUAUGUGUCCAUCAACGGAAGCUCCUCAUCCUCUUCCUUGGGGCAGUCCCGAAUUCAUAGGCCUUGGUUUCCUUGUUUUCGCUACCAUUAUUCUUAUAGAAAACUUUGGCUCGCCGUUCAUGAAGAGUUCUCAGAUUGUUAUAGGCUUAAUCGUCGGUUUGAUUGUUGCAGCAGCUUGUGGAUAUGUUGAUAAGAGUUCUAUUGAUACUGCACCUCCCAUCACUUUCCUGUGGGUACGCACUUUCCCGAUUACUGUUUAUGGACCAGCAGUUAUACCGUUUCUGAUUGUGUACUUGGAUAAUAUAUUGGAGAGUAUUGGUGAUAUUACAGCUUCAUGUGAUGUAUCAGGUGUUGAAGUUGAAGGUGAACCUUUUCAACGCCGCAUUCAGGGUGGGCUUUUAGCAGAUGGUACCAUUUCAUUCUUGGCUGCUUGUAUGACAAUGAGUCCCCUUGUUACCUUUGCUCAAAAUAAUGGUGUUGUUGCCUUAACUCGGUGCGCUAACCGUAUUGCGGGUUACUUUUGUUGUAUGUUCAUUCUGAUUUAUGGUAUCUUUGGUAAGAUCUCUUCUGUCUUCUUGGCCAUUCCAUCUCCUGUACUCGGUGGUAUGAAUGCCUUUUUAUUUGCUUCUGUCACCGUCUCGGGUAUUCGUAUUCUUGCCUAUCUUGAUUGGACCAGACGCGAUCGAUUUAUUGUCACAUGUUCCCUAGCUCUUGGUCUGGGCGUUACUCUGGUUCCUUCAUGGUUUUCUCAUGUAUUCCAUUAUACUGGCUCAAACGAAGCACUUAAGGGCUUUUUGAACGCUAUAGAGACGAUUGUGGACACAGGUUACUGUAUUGGUUCUUUGAUGGCUAUCUUUUUGAACUUGGUUGUUCCUCACGAGUGGGGAACUGAAACACUCAAGGAGAUUGAGGAAAAGGAACGCCUUGAGCGAGAUAAAAUUCGUGAAGGCUUCAUCAACAGUACUCUUGAUGAAGAACAUCCCCUUGAGCAACUCAGUACUGCUUCUCCGAGGGUAAAUCCUUAGAAGAACAAUUUCUUUUUAUCUUUGAACUUUUUUGUAUUAUAUUUUAGAAGUUUUAGUUGUACAUACUCGCUUAUGUACCUCGUUUUCCUUCUCUAAAAUAAAAUAGUACAUAUAUUCUUUUAUUAUAUAAUU